AGUGACAACACUAAGCAGGUCAACAGUGGUCUGUGCGCCUGCGUUUCAAGUAGAGCUGGAAAAACAGGCGGCGCAGGUUCCUCUGAACAGCAGCGUUGAUAUGUUAAGAGCAACCCGGUUUUAAGGGAGUAGUAUCGAUUGUUUGCAUGCUGAUUUCCUGAAAACGUGACGGAGACCCAGCUCAAUUAUACAACAUCGCGAUUCUCUGACCGACGCGACUGCCCCUGAAGGAAUAACCACGCGAUUUCACAGGGGUUAGCGUUACUGGCAUGUGUCUACAGAGGCGAUGCAACUUUCCUCCCCCUUUUCUGUAGCUGUCGGAAACAAACCCAAGUAGCUUCGCUUUUUAAAGGGCUACUGCGACAGCUCGGUUUGCGUGGAGUCCGUCAGGUGGAGCACAGGAAUAAAACUGAAGACGUCCCUCACGGUAGACCAGUGCUGGAGUGACCGGAGUAUGCUGAACGCAAUUUAAAACGCAAGCAAAGGCUGAAAUAGUCGGUUUAUUUUGAACACACUACAAGUUCAUCAAGGAGCAAUACUGUGCAACCUGAAAGGUUUCCCUAACCGAAUUGCACACAUGAUGGUUUCCCGUACUUCGCCUGCAAAACCCACUAUGUCUGCACGCGGAGUCGUAUAAGUCCACACAGCCUUCGAUUCCGGUUGAAAACAGCGGCAGCGCUUCUGGUACAAAAACCUGGACUGUGGAGCGGUAGGAAUUAAGCAUGACCAAGCCUGAGAGGAAAAGCAGCGUGUCUGCGCGGAGACCGUCUGCCGAUGACCAGGUCAACGGUACAAUGGACGCCGUGGUGCCCACUGGCACCCCUGACCUCGUAAAACCUAAAGCUCCCAAGCAUUUAUCUAGGGAGAACAGCUUUCGAAGGACAACGGAGUCUGAGGUGUUUGAUGAUGGAACCAACACCUUUUUCUGGAGGGCUCAUACCUUAACAGUCCUGUUCAUCCUGACAUGCGCGCUGGGGUAUGUGACACUGCUUGAAGAGACUCCUCAGGACACGGCCUACAACACAAAAAGGGGCAUUGUGGCCAGCAUCUUGGUGUUCUUGUGCUUUGGCGUGACGCAGGCUAAAGACGGGCCAUUCUCCAGGCCCCACCCAGCAUACUGGAGGUUCUGGCUGUGUGUCAGCGUCGUGUAUGAGCUCUUUCUCAUCUUCAUUCUGUUCCAGACUGUGCACGAUGGGAGGCAGUUCAUGAAGUAUAUCGACCCCAGACUGGGCGUCCCUCUGCCGGAGAGAGACUAUGGAGGAAAUUGUCUUAUUUAUGACCCAGGCAAUCAGACAGACCCCUACCACAAUGUUUGGGACAAGAUGGAUGGCUUUGUACCUGCACAUUUCAUUGGCUGGUAUAUAAAAACCUUGAUGAUCCGGGACUGGUGGAUGUGCAUGAUCAUCAGUGUGAUGUUCGAGUUCCUGGAGUACAGCCUGGAGCACCAGCUGCCCAACUUCAGCGAGUGCUGGUGGGACCAUUGGAUUAUGGAUGUAGUUGUCUGCAAUGGUCUUGGAAUAUACUGUGGCAUGAAGACCCUGGAGUGGCUGUCCAUGAAGACCUACCAGUGGCAGGGUCUGUGGAACAUUCCAACAUACAAGGGCAAAAUCAAGAGGAUUGCUUUCCAGUUCACCCCUUACAGCUGGGUGAAGUUCGAAUGGAAGCCGGCGUCCAACUUGCGAAGAUGGCUGGCAGUCUGUGGGAUCAUUUUCGUGUUCCUGCUGGCGGAGCUCAACACCUUCUACCUGAAGUUUGUCCUUUGGAUGCCCCCGGAACACUACCUGGUGCUGCUGCGCCUGGUCUUCUUUGUGAAUGUGGGCGGCGUGGCCAUGAGGGAGAUCUACGACUUCAUGGACGACCCGAAAUUCUACAAAAAGCUGGGGCAGCAGGCCUGGAUGGUGGCCGCCAUCACAGUGACCGAGUUUCUGAUAGUGGUGAAAUACGACCCCCACACCAUCACUCUGCCCAUUCCUUUCUUUGUUACCCAGUGCUGGAUUCUGGGAAUCAUCCUGAUUCUGACCUGGACCCUCUGGAGGUUCUUUAUCCGAGACAUCACCCUGCGCUACAAGGAGACUCGGCGGAGGCAGCAGGAGGGCGUGGGCGAGCGUGACAAGACCCAGAGCAACGGCAGUGCCAGCGCGGCCGGGCGGGGCAAGCUCAAUGGUGGGGAGACUGCUCGGCACAGGAAGUCCUGAGCACUCCUGCAGGGCACUGUGGGUGGCUGGGGGAGCCACUGCAGAAGCUUCAUGCCCUACAUGUUUUGCACACUGGGAAAUUUGUAUGGAUGCAAAGAGUUAAACUGCAAGAUAACUGCAAGAGUUAGUCAUUCCACUGGUUGUCACUGAUAAUGCUAUUCCAGGAAACUCUUACCCAUGAGAGGAUCUAAAUCCUUUCCAAAUAUGGGGGGAAAUUGUUUUAUAAAGAUCACCUUGAUUGAGUUAUUUCUUCAAAAGGAUAGUGGGCUCUUUUUCUUUUAAAUUUAUACAUUUAUAAAAUGUUAGCUUGUUCCAAAAGUGUCCAGAUCGCACACUGAGAGGGGCAGUUCUUUAACGUUGCUUUAGAAAGUAACAUUUGAUCGUAUAGCAUAGAGAUUUGAAGUGAUGCUGUGGUGACUUUUAGAGUACCACAUGAGGUUUCCCCAUGUACAGUAUCAGCCUUGAUUGAUUUAUUUCUUAAACACUAGGGUGGGGUUUAUGUCCUUUGACAGUUCUUUCAGUUGGUCUGAACAGUUCUAUGUUGGUUACCAGUCGGGGAACAUUUUUGACCACUUCUAGAUCACAGCAGGUUGUCCAUUCUUGCAGAACAAUGUCUGGACUAUCAGGGGGCUCCAGUAUCCUGAGGCUCAGACUGACGUGACCCCUAGGGACAAUGGAGCUGGCUGGGAUUCCUUUCCACUGCUCUGCUCCUACAGGUGUCUCCUCACAGGCUUCUACUCUGUACAUGAUGUUUCUCUCUGUGUCUUUCAACACAGUCCUGUGCUACAGAGGAAAAACAAACAGGACUGCCCUGUCAGAGCAGCUCCUGACACCAGCCUGGCAAGUGGCACUGCAAGAGUGAGGAGUAACAGUCAGAGGAGCUGCUACAAAUUUUCUUUAUUAACACUACAACGUUAGUCCCUGUGGAUUUGCGUACACUUUGCACAUUGACAGGUGUUCCCUGCAUCUGAAGGCCUGUUUGUGGGUGUGCAACUGGCUGUGCUCUCACAAGCUGGAGGAGAGCUGUCUGGGGGCCCGGGGUGUUGCCCUGCGUUUCUCUUACGCUCUGACCUGCUUUUUGAUUCUUUCUGCCUAACGUCAUAUUAUAGAUUAAUUUCAUAAAUUAGCAGUGUGAUCUGGACACUGUAUAGAACCAUGAGAAACAUGUAGUUUUGUUUAGUGUUUGGGAUUGAGGGAUUGAGUCCUUUCAUAAAGCCAAGACUUUUGGUCUUAUUUUUCUGGAACUUAAGGUGGUUGAAAUCCCUUUUUUUAAUGGUGAAAGAAGAAUAAGAAUAGAAACUGACAUGCAAUGGGUAAUGAUCUUUAUGUAAAGAUGUAUAUCCUUCCCUUUACAGUAAAGUUUGAACUGAUUAUAGGGUGUUGGUCUUAGAAUAUAUAUUUUAAUGGUUUGCGUGGAAAGUUACAGGCCCUUAUUUUUCCACUUGCAGCUUACUGGUCAGAUUUUUCUUUCAGAUGGAGCUGAAUGAACAAGAUAUGCAGAUAGAACUGAGUGGAACAUUGAGCCAAUGGCGUUUCAUUUCUGUGGCAUAUAAGAAUUUGAACUUCAUUCAAGUAAUUCAGAACAAAAGUAGAGGGGGAUAUCAUGGUUGGGGGAAAAUACUGCUCUCGCUGCUUUGUGAAAUGAUUCGCCAUGAACGUAAAAGUGGUGCAAAAGUUUAAUGGGUAAAAGAAACUACAAAAAAUUACUAAAAACUGGAAACACUGGUUACGUUGUUCAUAAGGCUUAUUAAUAGAGAAGGACUCUCAUGUGAGUGCAAAUCAAAAACAAAAGUCAAAAAGAAUAAUGCCUGCUUAUUUCCCCUCCUGUGGAGGGGCAAGAGUUUGCUUUGUGUUGUGUAAGUUGAUGUGAUUGGGAUUCCUGUCCUGAUAUUUGAAGGCCGCAGUGAUAUCAGGGUGAUGUCAGUCUGUGUUCCGCCUGUGAGGUACCGCAGUCCUUGUGUCGUGCGUCAGAAGAUGAGUGCUUGAUCCUCAUUCUCUCCGAGCAGCACAGGAGUCGCCGCUGUGAGCCAAGAUGCAAAGAAUCAAUUGCAGAUUUUAAACUGAACAGAUAUGAAAUGGGAAAAAAAAAAUCCUGAAACAGCUGCUGUACUAAUGAUUACAGAGUGUGCUGCAAAAAGAAUAAUUUGUAGAGUUUCAAAUCAACAGCUGUCAUUUCACUUUGAAAUAAGGGCAUUUAUUAUACAGGAGUGGGAAUCUUCUGUCAGAAUACAAUCUUUUCAGCUGGUGAAUUGUCCGUUACUAAAACAGCAGGUGACUUGCUAGUCACUAAGUAGCUCUAAUGUCUAUAUGUUCAAGAACAAAGUGUUUAAAGCCAUACAGUUUUCACUCACUAAUUUUUCAGUUGUACAUUUUUGAGCCAUUUUAAUUAAUAUAACAAUUACUUGAAUUUUUAAUGUUUUUUUUUUUUCUAAUCCUGAAACCAUUGAAGUCCGGUAGUAUAAAGUGGCAUCUUGGUGCUAUGAAUACUACACAAAAUAAAAUCCAUUGCACUGAAGAAGUUACAGGUGGAAGCAACUGUUUAUUGAAUAGAGUAUUCCAUGGAUCUCUGUGGUUCCUGUUUUAGCUGCUGUGAUAGGUAUAGUUUUGUGCAAAGUAACAGUGUGAACAGUUUUGAUGUCUGCCUAUUUGCAAUAUGAUGUAUCAGGUUAUACACCAUCUAAAUAUCGUACCAGUUUGCCUAUAUGAUGUACCAUAGAAAAUGCUGUAUACUGUUAUUAAUCUUGAAUGUAAUCUGAGUCAGUCUGAAUUUUGAAAGAAGAGUGAGGUCUGGAAAAGAUUUGCGUGCUUUCUCCUGGACGUACCCCAGUAACAGUCUGGUUUCCACACUAUUUCACACAACCGCCACUGAUUUCCCCUGCCCUGCUUGUGCUGUGUGCUCUCUGAGCCGAGAUGGAGAUUUACAGGAGCAUUAGUUGUUUUUAUUUGUAAAUUCAAGCAGCUAUUUAUCAGCUAGGGAGGGAGUUGAGAGAAUUUUGUUUUGACCAGAACUGACCAAUAUAAAAUGAUUUAAGGCCCCUAAAUCGCAGCAGCAAAGUGCUCGUUUAAUGUACCACAGUGUGCUGAAACUAAUGCAAUUCAGUGUUGUGACUGUUCUGAUUUGGUCAAGGCUGCUCUGUUUAGUGCUUUUUCUUUUCUUUCGUGGCUUCUGUUUCUCAAGGCUGUAUGUGAACCUUGAGUAUAAUGCCAAGGGUUGUAGGUUGCAGCAGCUUGUUUCUUUACAUUUUUACAUAGUCUGCUUAGUGACAUGUACACACCGUGCCUGCCCUUCUCUCAGUGUUGAGGUAUAAGACUCCCUUCUCCCCUUGCCCAAGCUCCUUUCUGCUAGCUGUGUUUUGCUGGAGGUUUUUCAUAUCCCAGCAGCCUUUGCUGUGCAAACUUAAUAGGACACUUAAAAAUAGCAAUCCUUUAUCUGCAUGUGGAAAACGGUAAAAGGAACAAUCGGCACUUGGGAAUGUCACAUUUCUGCCUUGUUCUAUAUUUGUGUUAUUAAAAUAGGACAGGAGCCUCAACUUUAUAUGUUUCUCUGCAUUAUACUUGUGGUACAUGUCUGAUGUCUCAAAAGUGCAAACUCUGCCAACUCAUUAACAGAAACAGGUCUCCUGAAGGCAGGUGUGUGAGUCUGUUGUCCACUCUUCUUAAGAAACGUCAGACUGGCUCAUUUAGUGAAUUAAACACUAAUUCUUUUUAGCCUAAGUACUUAAGAAAAAAGGUGAUUUCUAGUACCGACAUUGUGUACUGAAGUCUCUUCCGAUACACAUUUUUACAAGAAAAAAAAUUCUGAUGCCUGUAAAUUAUGGUCCAAUUUAAGCCUGAAUCUCUUUCAGUCACGCAGCCCAUUGCAUGCUGGUGAUAUAAGCUGAGCACCUUGCAAGUCCAUGUUCUUUACCUGUGGCAAAACCCUAUCUGACAUCAAACUUCCUGUAUAAUCCAGCAUCCAAAGCUCUUUCUGUUCUUGUCAUCCUGCUGGCACAGUGUAAUCAGGCUCAGAACGCUGAGUCUACCGUGUUGGACUGAAACAUGAAUUUAGCAAAUCAGUGCAAACAUUUUAUAAUGUUUUCAAUAAAAAAAUGCUGAAUGACUCAAAAA